CUCCCUUCUGAAACUGCCUUGUCGAUACUGUGGGCUGCUUUGGUAGAGGAACCAGACGAAAAAGGCUCCAGCUGCCAUCAACUCAAGCGUUUGUGGUGUUUGAUGUAGUUGAAGCACUAAAUCCAGGGAAACAGAUGAAAAGCUAGCUAACUUGGUAAUAAUAUUUAAUGUCACAGGAAAUUGCUUCUAUGAAACUGAGGUGUUAGUACAUUUGAAACAUGUCCAAGUACCGGUAUGUCUGUGAUGCGUGUGAUUAUGUGGCAGAGACUCGAGGUACGCUUCUUCAGCAUGUUGCUUCUCAUCAUGCAGCUCAAGUAUUUAGAUGUCCAGCAUGCCCAUUUAUAACCCAGUAUCGAGCUAACUUACGCAGACAUAAGCGAACUAUUCAUGGAAUUCGACCUAAUGUAUCUCAUCGUAUGUUACAAAAAAUGAAAGUACGCAUGAGAAAGACACAAAAAUUUCAAGAUGGUGGCUACCAUGAAAAACAGGUUAACUUUUGCCAAUCACCUGGAAAUGUGAAAAAUCAGACUUUUCAAGCUUUAUCAAGUAAUAUCCCUGGUAAAUCUCAAUUGCAACUGAAAGCACCAAAAGAAGAUAAUGAUACCUUUGAUAAAAAGUAUUCUAUUACAUCAAAGAAAUCAACUGAAACCUUACCCUUAGAAGGCUAUCUUCGUGUACGAAGAGUCUACAGAUGCCGGCAGUGUGAUCUUGUUACUAUAAACCCCAGAAAAUUUUUAUAUCAUCGUCAAGAAGUUCAUAUGGAAAGAAUUACUGUGUAUGAAUGUCCCUACUGUUUGUAUGCAUCAAAAAACUUUCAAAAAUUACAAAGACAUUGUGGGAUGGUACAUAAAAAAAUGCUGGUUAAAAAUACAGAUUCGACUCAAAUAAAGCAGAAUCCUCAAAAUGAACGAAAAGCUGUAAAAAGUAUUCAGAAUUCUUGUCAAAAGCUACUUAAUUCUAGGUCUUUAACAUCUUCAAGCAAAACUAUAAAAGAUAAUGAUAUGGGUAGUCCACUGGAAAGAAAUAAAAACAAAGCAUCUUCCACAAAAUGUACUGAUGCAAAAACAAAUUCUACAGAAAAUCACAAAAAGGAAAAUCUUCAAAAGUGUGAUUAUGAAUGCCUCAAACACAAUUUGAAAACAAAAAGUAAAGUGGAAAUGAAGAGGCAUGAAAACACUUUUCACUUAAAGAAAAAGUUUUUUCGUUGUUUAAAGUGUAGCUAUGUUACUAGUGAGCGAGCAAAGUACACUAGACACUGCAAAUUUCAUUCAUUGCCAAAAUUGAAAUGCAGUUUUUGUGAUUUUCAAACAGCUUAUAAAUGGAACCUUGAUCGCCAUCUAAAAAAUCAUGGGUUAGAAGGAGCCUUCAGAUGCUGUGAAUGUUCUUUUAAGACUCAUGAUAAACAGUCCUUAUUGAUGCAUCAGUGUGAUCAUAAGAAUUCUAACUGUGAACAGGAAGAGAGCAGCUUUCCUGAUUAUACACAAGGUGAAUAUAGAUUUGUUGACAGGAGUUCUAGUGCAGAAAAUAAUAAUGAUGAUUCACUUGUCCAUGAUGAAAAUUGUAAAAAUUCUCCUAAAUUAUCUUUUACCUAUGAUAAGGUAGAGGCUAUGAAAAGUAAUAAGUUAAUGAAAAAAAGACUCAAAUGUCGUUUUUGUGCUUUUACUGCUUGUCCAUCUGGUGUAAGAAGACAUGAAAUGGGACAUCUAACAAAGAAGAAAUACUCGUGCCCAACCUGUGGAUUGGGUUUUGAUCUUCUUCCGUAUUUCACUCGUCACAUAAAACAGGAGCAUGGAACAACUGAAAAAGUAGCCAAGAUUAUUGUACAAGGUCUAAAAAGAAAGAGUGGAACUGUCAAAUCAAUUCCAACUUGUGUUGUCUGUGGUUACAAAUCAAAGUGGAUGUCAGAGUUAGAGAAACAUCUUCGUGUUCAUUCAGGAGAAAAACCCUUUUUAUGUUGUUAUUGUCGAUACCAGACUAAAUGGAAAGGAGAUUUAACUAGGCACCUGAAAAAGUAUCAUCCCAACAAACCCGAAAUGCCAUUUUUCAAACAAAAACUUGUGCCAAAAAUUAAAAUAAAGAUGGCAAAAAGUUCUUUACCUGUCAUAAAUAGUCACAUGUCCAAUGGGAGUGUUAAGUACAAAGUUUCUGUUCCUGUGAAAAAAGAUAUUAAGACACUAACAAAAAAGAUAUCACAUUUGAGUGAUAAUGAGGAGUUACCCCUUGACUUAAGUGCUCCCCCAAAAAUUACCAGCUUUAUAAAUGAGUACAAAAAUAUGUCUUAUUCAGAAGUUAAUAUUUGUAAAGAUGAACUUAAUAAUACCUCACAAAAUGGUGAACAGAAAUUACAGUUAGAGAUCAGCAGUGUGAAUGAACAUGAUUCAACUAAUUGUUCAUCAGAAAAAAUGAAAACUAAGAAAUACAAAUGCAACCAAUGUCAUUUUGAAACACUUUCAGUCUCCAGUUUUCACACUCACUAUGUACAGCAUCAUGAUAGACAAGAAUUUAUGUGUUCUGCUUGUGGGUACAAAUCUGAGAAGCAAUGGGAAAUAACAAAACAUAUUAAGAUGAAGUUUGCUAAUGAUCCAGUACAUCACUAUGCUACCUGUUUAUUGUCUUGUAAUAUGGGAGAAGUUGACUUUACUAAGUACUUAAAGUUUUUGAUUGAAGCACCACCAGAUAACAAUUUAAAAAACCAUACAAAAUCUGACAUGGAGAAAAGUAGUGAAAUAUUUAAUGAAAGUGCAGUGAUCUAUGACAAUAACAAUGAUACAACUCAGAACAAAAUUAGUCCAGCUCAUCUGGUGCAAUCAACUAAUUCCAGAGAAGCUAGAAAUAAAAUAUUUAAAGUUGGUUUAGUAGGAAAUUAUUCAAAUAAUAUAAAUAAAUUAUAUCAUUGUAAUCUUUGUAAUUUCAAACAUUCUGACAGGAAAGUUGUUGUAAGUCAUAUGACUGUUCAUGCUGGAGUUAAACCUUAUCGCUGUCGUAUCUGUAAGUUUACAUCUAACUGGCGACAUGUAAUCCUUAGACACAUAAAAAAUAAACACUGUGGAAAUUUCAAAGAUCUAGAAGAAUGUUUUAGUUUUAAGUUGAAGAGCCGUGUUCUGCAUCUUACAAGUAUAUCGACAGAAAGCAAACAAGUUGCUAAGAAAAACUGCUAUCCCCUUGAGUGGUUUAAGUGCAACUUGUGCCCCUAUAGUUGCCAAAAGCAGUUCUACAUGAAAACCCAUCUAAAGCAACACCAGCCAAGAGAUGGGUCACUUUUAAAGUGUUUACAUUGUCCAUAUUAUGUAAAAUAUCGUAAAACACUUGUAAGACAUAUGAAGUUGCAUGAACAGUAUUCUGCCAACAUAACCAUAAAACAUUCUAUGAAUAGUGCUGCUGGUAGAGGUGAGGAUUGGGAAGAUGCUUCCAUUCAUUCCUGUAAAAAGGAUAAAAAAAAUAGUUCUAAUGAUAUUUUUGAAGAUGUCAAAAGUACUCUUAAAUGUGUUGGUGACAUUGAUAAAACCGAGGAAACAUCCACUAACCCACUUUUUGGAUGUACAUCAUUGUUUAAAAAGUAUAUGUGUAGUCAAUGUCCUUAUAAAAGUGACAACAGGAAACAGUUUCUUCAUCACAAGCAGUUCCACCGACCAAACAGAGCUGCCCCACAUAGGUGCACAGUUUGCUCAUAUUGGGCAACCCGACUACAUCUGUUGAAACAGCACAUGAAGCUUCAUAUAAUUCAUACAAAAUCGAUUGACAGAGAGAAUGAGUUUCCCAGCAAGGAAAGUAUUCAAGAAGAUGUCCCUUUUGAAAUAACAGAAAAAGGAAACUUUCUUGUGAAAACAUACAAGUGUUGCUAUUGUCCAAUGAAAAACCGGCGUCGAGCAAAUGUCAAACUCCACAUGUCAAUGCACAAUAGAGACACAGUUUCCAAAUUUUCUUGUCCUAUUUGCAAUUAUCAAUGCAAUAAUCAGGGAGUGUUAGGUGUACACUUAAAGUUACACCAGGAAAGUGAAGUUGAUGUUUUUUUGAAAACAACUAAUGGUACAGAAAUACUGAAAGGAUGUUCUACACCUCCUGAACCCAUUAUUGACUCAAAAAAUGUACAGAAUGAAUCCUGUGUCAAUUAUAAUGAAAAAAGAACAUUAAUAGGCAAUGAAGGAGAAAAACUGAAUCUGUUAACUGAACAAUGCUCAUUAACUCCUUACAACCGAAAGGUAAACUUUAGCUAUUUUUGUAUGAACUGUCCAGCACUUUUCAAAAGCAUUGGUGGUUUCAGAACUCAUAAAAGUUUACAUGGAGCUAAUCAUCCAUUUCGCUGUCCUUUCUGUGAUUAUACAGCAAGACAUAAACCACACUUACACAAACAUCUUUUGGUACACAGCCCAGCUUAUGCUGCCAAACGAAAGGCAUCAAAUGCACCACCACUUAACAUAUCUGACAAGAUGUGUAAUCUUCAAGACUCAAAUAAAUACAGUUCUGAUAAAAAUGAGAAAAGUGGGAUAAGUAUUAAAGAAAGUACAAUGAAUAACCAGAUGCUACUGCUAGAAGAAGCCGAAACACAGUCUUAUUUGCAGGGUCUUUGCCAAAAAGUAUCACAAAAGCUAUUUAGUUGUCCACUUUGUCCUGCCAAAUUUGUGAAACAAACAACUUUGAAUUUUCAUUUAGGACUCCAUGGUGGACCUGGCCUACAUAUUUGCUCUAAUUGUAACUAUACUGUACCAACAACAUGCAGUCUGUUAACUCAUACUGCACUGCAUUCACAAUUGUAUAAAUUUGAACAUUUGCAACAGAAAAGUUAUCAAUGCCCGAAAUGCCCUGCUGCAUUUUCCAAACACAGUCGCUAUGACCGUCAUGUUUUGUUACAUGGCAAAAAAUCAAAAUACACAUGCGAAAAAUGUGACUACUCAGUUAGGUGUGCUGCUAAUCUGUACAAGCACAACAAUGUGCAUGAGAAAACUCUACUACACAACCCUUAUGUUGUACAGGAGGCCUCUGUUCCUCAAGGUUUGAUUUAUGGUAAACAGGUUUCUGAAAAAAAUACAGUAUCAGCAGAAUCUCGUGUGGAUGCUAUUUACAAAGAAAAUAUAAAACAUAUUUUUCGCUGUGAUCGUUGCCCUUACACGAGUGAGAAUAAGAAUGAGGUCCAGAAUCACCAGAAACAACACAAUGCACAAGGAGGAAUUACUUGCCCACAUUGUGACUAUAGAACUACACUGAUGUCAUGCAUACUAGAUCAUAUUAACAGCCAUUUUCAAGUCCAGGACUUUCUUACAGUUAAAGCAUUUAUGGAACCCAUGGUAGAACUUUGGAGUGUAGAAAAUGAAAAUAGAGAGCAAAUAUUUAGUGCUGAUAAAACUUCUAUACACUAUAAGAGCUUUGAAACAUUACAAGAAGUUGAAUAUUUGGGUCUUGCAAGAGACAAGAUACAUGAUGGUACAGCCAGGAAUUUUCAGUUAUCUGCUGAACCUGAUUCUGGUAACAAGUAUUCUAAAGAAGAGUUCCUAUUGAAUCUAAAUGUAGUAGAAAAGAAAAAUGUUUCAGUAAUACGAAGUGAACAUAACACUAAGAUAUUAAAACCAAUUGAAAAAUAUUUUCAUAGAGAUGUUACGUAUGUACAGUUAGCUAAGCAAAAUGCAUCUGAGAAAUUGGCAACUGAAUUCUGCUCCAUCAGUAGAGAAGUACAUAAUUUGCAGAAAACACAAUGCCAGCAAAGUGAAGUUUCACAGAAUUUAUUUUCAGAUGCUAAAGUUCCAUUGUCAACUGAGAGUAAUGGUUUAUCUCUGGAAGAGCUGAAAACUAUAACAUCUCAAGUUUCACAAGUUUGUGAGUCUAAUAAAGAAAAUUCUCUUUUGGAAUAUAAUGAAGAAAACAUGUGCAUGAAUCAAGAUUCUUCAGAAUGUAAAGAAUUUCUAUUACAUAAGGCUGGAGAACUAAAGGUUUCCCAACUUGUUUGUGAUAAUAGUGCUCAACUUAUAAAAAGUUCCUUAUCAGAAUCAACUAAUAUGAAACAAGGUUUGCACACUGACUUACAGCUAAAUGUAAAACCUGCUACAGAUACCCAUUUUGUCAUCAAAAAAAGAAAGGAAAAAAACUUGCUGUUACCAGAAUCAUUAACCAUGGAAGGGAAAGAAAAUAAACUAGAAGAUCCAUACAUGAACUUUCAUGAUUAUGAGACCAAGUCAAAAUUUUCAGUGAAAAAUUCUGUAACAGAUGUUAAAGAAACCAACAAAAGUCAAAAUGAACCUCAAAUUGUUUUGAGUCAUACAAACAGUUGUCAAUUCAAAAAUGAUAAUAGCACUUCAAAUGAUGAGGAGCUUAAAAUCAUGAAAAAAGAGGAACCUGAUAAAUUGGAAACAUGGUGUCAAGAAUCUAAUGUAAAAGACCUGAAGAAAUAUGAAUCACCUGAAUUAUCAUCUGUUAGUGAAUUUGUAAGUCCAUUUCUAAAAAAUACUUUAACAGCAAAUGAUCCAAGCUGUAUUAAUAUUGAUACACCCAAAGAAGACUUCAUCAAAUCUCAUAAACAGAAGGAAGUUAAGGAUAUCAAUGAACAUGACACUGAUAUUUCUGUAGAAGAGUUAAUGCGUAAGUCAGAGUCUGACUCCAUGUGUACAAAACCUUGUGCAGAACAGAACAAUGAAUCAAUACAGCACCACACAGAAACUGUUAAAGAUUUUUCACAUGAACAUAAAAUGAAUGAAAUCUCUACAGAACAGUCUGAUUCCAUUUUAAGCCUGAACAAUUUAAGCCUGUUUUCCAUUGUAAAUGAGAAUGAUAUGGAUCUUGAUGGUCAGACUGAAAAUUUCAUGUUGGAGGAUAGUAAACCAGUAUUUUUACAUUCAGAAAGGAAAAUAGAAGUACUAGAAACUCAGAAACAGAUCACAACCUUUGAGACAGGUAACACUUUAUAUAAUGAUUUUAGACCUCCUAAUUCUGUUAACAUACUGAACCAUAAUUCUGAUAGCAUUCAGUCAAAUGAUGUAACUGAGCUGUCAUCAGUUUUAGAAAAUAGUCAAGAAAAAAAUGAAGGUAAAUUUUUUAAAACCAGUUUGACUUCUGACUCUCAACUUUUGGACCUGACAUCAAUGACUGAGGACCAAACUGAUGACUUUGUCAUAGGCAGUGAUAUGUUUUAUAUUUGGGAUGUUGAGUUAUCAGAUUAUUCAGAUGUUGGUGCCAAUGUUUCAAUUGGUGAUUCUAAAGAAAAUAGCAUGUGCUCCUUGGGUGUAAAUUAUGAUUUGUGCACAUCAAGCAACAGUAUAGUUUGUUUAUCCCAAGAGGAAAUUGAUUCUUACGAUUUUGAAUAUCACACCUCUGUUGAAUCAAAGCAAAGUAGAAGUGAGCUGUUUGCAGAAACUAAAAAUCAAGAACAAUAGCUGUAUAUACUUACCAUGAUAGUGUUUUUAACCAAUUUCAUUUAAUUGAGAUUUUAAAUUUUUUCUGUCAUAGUGUUGUUCUUGUAUGGUAUUUAUUCCUGUAUUUAUCGUACUAUUAAAUAUAAAUUUAACACACAAA